UGCUAAGUAAAAUUUGUACUGUAGGGCUCCACCUGACGAGCAUUUUCCCGUGAUUGUGCAAUAAUACGCUCCGCUACUGUCGGUCUAAGGAGGUAAUAAAUAGCCCCUGGGUACAUCCAAGUAAGAGGUUAGCCGAACAAUGCGUCUAUUACUUCUAACAUGCUACCUCUGUUAUCUACAAUAUAUAUCGGCAACAUGGAAGGUUACACAUGUGGAGAAGUACUGCCAAGAUAACCAAGUUGUACAUUGGUUCAAGGCAACGAAUGGAACGGAUUUGGUUUAUUACAUUUUUGCUGCCGACAAACAUGUCCGACCACCUGCUGUUAUUAUGAUUCACUCUCGUUACUCAGGGUCAAAAGUUAACGUAAACUGCACCGCUUACAUUAAGAACGAUACUUUUCGAAACUCCAUUACUGUGGAAGCAGCGACAGCAUCAUACGGAUUAAUGUUAUACCAGGUGAGUUGGUCAAAAUUUAAGAAAUCUAUUGUCAAACACCAACUUGUCGAAUUUCAGGUGUGUGAUUAUCUUGACUUGAAUAAUUCUGCAAAAAUACCCGACAAUGCCGAAUGUUCUCGCUAUUUUGGAAGCAAUUUGAAGUGGGAUUUACUUGAUGCAGAAAGCGCUGACGAAGGCAAGCUUUCCAUAACUUUCGCUGGCACGCGCCUGAACGAAUCACAUGAUGAAUUUCUUGACGGUGGUUCGAUUGAAAUCACAGUAGGUCAGCAAAUUUAUGAAUACUUUUUUAUAACUGUUAGAAAAGUAAAAAAUGCAAAAUAAUUAAACACCUUAUUUUCCUCACUUUAGUAUGCAUAAGAGUCUGUUUCAGG